UCCGCUUGACCUGAUAAACUCAGGUGCAGAGGUUGGGGGAUUUCGAAAAAAGGUAAAGAGGCGAUACCAGUGACGUACCUGUCAUGACUGGGCCAAAGCAGGAGAAUAUAAAAGCGGUUAUCUCUUGAUUCACGACAUGCAUUUGAAAUCUGGACUACGGUGAAGAUUAAUCUACAGGAGAGGACGGGAUCCACACGUUUACUUUCACCAUGAAUUGCGUUACUCUGUUUGCCUUGAUGUCUUGGUGCGUUUUGUGCGGCCAGGCGAUGCACCUGAUGCGUCCGCGUCCGCGCCCCCGACCACUGGACAGCGCCGAAACCUGGAACCAGCUGAAUAUGAUGACUAAAAUAGCGCAAAGCAACGACAGAGACCAUGAAACGCGCCUGAUUCCAGUGAUCCCCAGCGAGAGAUUUAAAGAAGAAGAGACUUGUUGCGUCAAUGUCGUGAUCCUGAAUUACUAUCUGAAUAAUAUUCUGCAGCAGCAUCCCUCAGACAAGCGCUAUCCAAGUAUUAAUGUCGUCAGGUCCGAUCUGCACAGAAUCGCACGAGAUUUGGAACCACACUGUAGCAAAACGGAUUUCUCAGAGCACGAGCAUGUUAAGAAAUUCACCGGGAACUAUAUGAAGGCAAGCGACCUGUACGGGGAUGAGACAAAAGCUCGGAACAAAGCAGUUGGAGAGACUGAUAUUCUCUUCCACUAUCUCUAUGAAUCCUGCACCCCGAGAAAACGGCAUUGAAACUCCAUAUAUUUCAAUGUGAUAUUGUGACAUGUCAUUACAAUAUGCAAAUAACUAUUUAUUUAGACAUAUUUAUUGAAUAUAUUUAUUUCGUGUAAUGUUUCAAAAUUAGAUAUUUUCUUUUGUGAAUGGCAUAGAAACUGUGUUUUUGUGCUGUGUAUUGUUAGGUCACAAUUGUGGCUGCUAUUGUGACUGUCUGUGGCUACACGUCCUAAGCCAGAUCACUGCAAAGUAAAUGCAUUAAAGCAUUUUUAAACACAUCUGUUUGAUAAAAAUAUCAACAAGUAUACCUACUUCUAUUCCUGCACAUUCUCAUUAUUUAAAACUAUAGUUUAUGUUAUUUAUAUAGGAUUAUUAA